AUGUCCAUUACACACAUUAUCUCCCUUUCUCAGCUCAACGGAAUACUUUCCAAGGACAAGGGAAAGCUUUCGGUCAUCGACUUCCACGCAACCUGGUCAGGUUCCAUGCAUUCUCCGGUGUAUGAGUCUCUCGCGAAGCAGUACCCGAACGUCAAUUUCCUCAAAUGCGACGUGGAUGCUGCAAGUGAAGUCGCCAAGCAGUAUUCCGUCUCUGCUAUGCCAACGUUCGUCUUCCUGAAGGGCUCUACCAAAGUCGAUCAAGUCCGAGGAGCUAACAGGGCAGCCCUGGAGGCCACCCUCAAAUCGCAUGCUGUGGCCUCGAAGGGAAGUGCAUUCACGGGCCGGGGUCAGACUUUGGGUGGUGCUCCAGCAACCCCAGACGUUGUUGCAGAAGCACAAGGAGCACUCAACGGCAUAACCGGUCAAUUCAACCAACUCGAUCCCCAGCUCAAGGUUAUGUUAGGUCUACUGGCGCUAUACUUCGUGUUCUGGUUCUUUGGUUAA